CUCUUCAUCUCAUGUUCCCGAUAUUUAUCAUGAUUCCUUCUUUCCUUUUAUCUGCAGUCUGUUUUCUUUUGCAUACUGGUUGAACGUCCAAGUUGGUGCGGUCUUUCAUUCAUUCUAUCGUGGAUAUUAUUAUAUUAAGGAUUUACUGAGUAUGCCCGCAAGAAAGUGACAUAUUUGUACUUUGAUAUUAAAUGUACUUUGAACUUUUUUCCCAUUAGGAUUCAGCUCUACCAAGUAUUUCCAGAAUUCUCUGUUUCUAUCCCUUCACCAACAUUCGUAGGUCCGGGGAGAAAAUAGAUCUGUCCAUCUUCCUGAUUUCGGCGUGGCUCCUCUCGCACUUGAUUAGCCACGGGGCUGUCUGGCUGAAAGACAAGCCGCAGGGCCACUUGUCGAUGUGUUGCUGCAGCCCGAGGGCUCUGUGGCUGCUGGUUGCUGGGAGACCCGCGCCGGCAGCGCUGCUCACACUCAAACUGGCUGUGGACUCAGCGCCUGCCAACGCGAUGUAGUCAGUUGCCAGCACUCGUUCGCUCGCCACCACUUUGCAUUUCUUUUGUCUGGUCUUUUCUUCUUCGAUUCAACUUUAUUUAUUUUGCUUGUUUGUCGAGUGGAUCGCGAUGGACGACGAAAACGAGUCGAACAGAAGCAGCGGCGGCGGCGGCAGCAGUCCAUCGGGCGGAUCGAGAGAAUAUAAAGUUGUCAUGCUUGGCGCUGGUGGGGUUGGGAAAAGCGCAAUGACAAUGCAGUUCAUCAGCCACCGUUUCCCUGACUGCCAUGAUCCAACAAUAGAAGAUGCAUACAAGACUCAAGUACGUGUUGAUGAUAAUCCUGCAUACUUGGACAUAUUGGACACAGCUGGCCAGGCAGAAUUCACAGCCAUGAGGGACCAAUACAUGAGAGGUGGAGAAGGUUUUAUAAUUUGUUACUCUAUUACUGACCGCCGAUCAUUCCAGGAAGCUGCAGAAUUCAAGGAGCUCAUCUAUCGUGUUCGGCACACAUAUGAUAUUCCAAUAGUUUUGGUUGGAAACAAAACAGACUUGGAAGAAUAUAGGCAGGUUUCCCAUGAAGAGGGCAUGGCUUUGGCAAGAGAAUACAAUUGUCCAUUUUUCGAGACUUCAGCAGCUUUGCGUCUCUACAUUGAUGACGUCUUUUAUGGCAUGGUGCGAGAAAUCCGAAGGAAGGAAGCUCUGCCAUCUACUGAGAAGAAGGUGAAGAGAAAGGGCAGUAUCUGGAAGAAGUUAAAAGGCUCAUUCAGAAAGAAAAAAGAAAACAUAACAUGAUAGAUAGUUAUCCUCUCUACUUAAAUGGAUUAGGCAUAUCCAGUUGUAAUCUUAAAUUGGUGUGUUAGGAAUAGCAAAUGAAAUUCUGUAUUUUAAUUUGUUCACUAUUUUUAGAACACAGGUGUUUGUUACCUUCUGAAAAAUUAUGGGUCUUACACAUACAUUUUAUGUUGUAAACAAGUUGUUGUCUGACUAGGUUUCAGCUAUUUAUAAGUGAUCUUUGAUACUUAAAAUGGUCGAUGUGUUCAGAAGAAUUAAAUUUUAUUCAAUCAAAUGCAGCUUAAGGUUGAUCUUGUGAUGAUUUUUAUCUAAGUACCAAUGACUACUGUAAGCUUUGAACCUGAAACACAGAUUAAUAGAUGUUUUUGUCCUUUGAAGCUUUUCUUUCUUACGUAUAUCAACAUGAACAAAUGGCUGGGGUCCUUUAUUGUUCUGCAAUGUAAGCAUGAUAAAUUCAAAUCAGAUACUCUGUUUAGUAAACUGAUUAUUAACUGGAGACCUGCGAAUUAUAGAUAGGACAAACAGGCAUUCUGCAUUGGACUAAACUGGAAGAUUGUUCAGAGAAUUGGAGAUUUUCUUUUUGCCAUGCAAAGCAAUUCUGUUCAUAUUGUCCAUGCCAAACAGAAGAGUGCUAUUUCGGCUAAUACCAAUUCUCAGUCCAUUGUUUUGUAUGUUAUAGAUCCUGAUAAGUUCCUCAUGAAAUUAUUUAAAUAUGAUCAAGAAAAGAGCCACCUUUCUGUCUCUUAUCAUUCUUUGCAACAGUAAACUCCAGACCCUACUAUUUAAUGGGUGAAAAAGGUUUUCCAUAAUUUUCUCUAAUCACUCUACCAACCAUCUUAAAUCUCUGGCCCUUAAUUAUUGUCCUUGCUGAUAAAGGAGAUAAAUACUUCCUAUUUCAUUCUGGUACAUAUCUUACAAUUUUGCAUUUCAGUUAUGUCUGCUCAAUAGAAAAGAAAUCUCAUUUUAGACAAUCUAUCCUCAUUACUUAAUUCCUAGCCUUGUCAGCAUAUUUAUAAAUUUAAUCCUGAUUGCUUUGACAUCAUUCUUGUUAAUGACAAUUAAAUGAUCUAUUAAUAUCUAGAGUGACACACACACAAAAUGCUGGAGGAACUCAACACACCAGAUGUCAUUUGUGGAGAGGACUUAACAGUCAAUAUUAUGGGCCGAGACCUUUCAUCGGGACUGAUGGAAGGUCUUUUUCCAAAACAUCGAUUGUUAAUUCCUCUCCACAGAUGCUAUGGACCUGACGAGUUCCUCCAGUGCUUUAUGUGUGUUUCUCUGGAUUUCCAGCAUCUGCAGAAUCUCUUGCGUUUAUUAAUAUGUCAACUAAAUAUAACAGUAAGUUUUAUUUUUGCUUCUAGAAAGAUCUUGCUUUGAGUGAAACAAUAUAAUACUGUCAUGAACUAGUAAUUAAAUACCAGUUGCUAGUAUCGAAUAGAUAAUUAUAAUAUUUGCAAGACACAAGAGGUACUGCACAUGCUGGAAAUAUAGAACAAUACACAAAAUAUGCUGGAGAAACUCAGCAGGUCAGGUAGCAUCUAUGGAUGGGAAAAAACAGUAUGAUGUUUCAGGCUGAGACCCUUCAUUAGGACUGAUGAAGGGUCUCGGCCCAAAACAUCGGCUGUUUAUUCCCAACCACAGAUGCUGCCUGACUUGCUGAGCUCCUCCAGCACACUGUGUGUAUAAUAUUUGCAAUGCUUUCGGAGAAACCCCAGUUUUAAUAGUAUUGCAUGUACUGCACAUUUCAGAAGGUAUCAGAUUUAUGUGUCAUCAUAUCCUAACUGUCAUAAUUCCUUUAUAAUUUUAUUGUGGCUUCAUAUUGUUAUAAAAUUGAAAUAUUCUUCAAUCAUCAUGGUCAGUAUCUUAGGAAAUCUACUUCAUACUGGUGCUUGUCACUGAUGUCUUAAUUAAGUUUCACACUUACACCUAUUUCAAUUAUUUCUUAAAUUUAAUAUUCACUAACCAGUCAAAGAAUUAGUUUUGAUCAGAUCAUUGUGUUAUUGGCAUACUGGAUUUCAUUUCAAAUCCUGCAGGUGAGUGUUCAAAACUGAAUAUUACAGCAACAAGUGUCAUGUAAAUCGAUUUAUCAAUGUAAUAUGUGAUUAUCUGUUUAUUUCCUGUAACAUUUCAUCUGUCAGAAUCUCCUGCUUUUGGAUAAUGUAUUUAUUUCAUAUAUUAGAAUAUAUUGUACAAGUGUCCCUCUGGAGGAAUCUUUAUAGACAUCACAGCUGGAAAUAAUGUUUGCAUUUGUACGUACAAUAUAGAUAAAAAAAUAA